CUUAACAAGGCGGUGCGCGCUCCCUCGAUUUCUGGCAGACAGUUACUUUUUGGCACGACCCGUGUCCUUAGUUUUAUUUGUGCGGUCAUUCCUUCUCCUGGCUGAUGGGGCAGUGGUUCCCACACCAGCGGUUAAAACAAGCACAAGGCACAAGAAAGAAGAAUAUUAGCUGAUCAGAAAACGAGGGUGGAAAGGGGAAACCUUACGUUUGUGUGAAGGUCCAUCUGAUCUAGGAAUAAAGUGACUGAGAACAAUGCUGAGGAUUUGUUUGAGAGGAGCUAACGCCACAGCCCUGAGGACCUGUAGGAGAACUCCUCCAACCAAUCUUCAGCAGCACCGGCAGUACACAUCAGGAGGGAGCAGCGGUGCCACUAAAGUGGUCGCUACCAGUUUGCUGACUGUAGGUGGUGGCGUCGGAGGUACGAUACUCUAUGCCAAAUGGGACAACAAGUUCAGAACAGCUGUGGAGACCAACAUACCAUAUGCGGAUUGGUUGUUAGGUCUUGCCUUGGGUCCUGCUCCUCAAGACUGGGAGCGCCCCUUUAAGAAACAGACUGAGUUGACCCAACCUUCAUCCAUGAUGGAAAAAGAGGUGAACACCCCAAAAGCCAAGUCAGAGAAAAAGGUGAAGGAAGAAGCAGGCACAGCCAAAGAGAGUAGUCCUGUCCCAGCACUGCCUGCAAAGAGUAUAAGGGAGGCUUCAGCAGAGGCAACUCAUGUAAUCUCAGCGAUUAGUGAGGUCCAGUCAGUCCCCGCUCCGUGUGACACACAGGCAGUAGUCGAAGAGUGUAAAGAGUGUCAUGACCAUAAGGACAAACCAGUGAGUGCAGCAGUUCACCCUGAUGAAGGAGCUCUAAGAGAACGGCCAGUAGAGGAGCUGGCAACUAAACUGGCUCAGCAAGACCAAGAAGAACAGGAUGCUGUAAUAUCCAUAUCAGCCUGUCUUGAAGACUCCUUGGCCAGCUCAGCUAAAGCUACUCUCCAGGCUAUUGGAGCUCAGGAGGCGGCCCUGCAGGCUAUCACACAGCACACAAAGAAACUGAAGGAGGCUAUGGAAGCAGAGGCUCUAUCUGAUGAGAAGUCGGUCCAGUGGAAGGAUCUAGAAACAGCUCUUGCUGAUAGAACGUCAGCUGUAAAUGAUGCUGAAACCACCACGUUAAAAGCCAAUGAAACCUUGGACAGUCUGAGGUCAGUGAUUGACAAGUUCAAGGGGCUGAAGGUCUCUGCUGUUCGUCCACUCAUCUUAGCUGCAGAGGAGAAUCUUCAUAACAUGAUGGUGGACCUGAACAAAGUGGUCACUAAGGUGCAGUCUGCAGAGUCUGAAGCCAAGAUUGUCUCUCAAUAUACUGAAUUGGUGAAUGAAGCCAAACAACAGUUUCAGAGGGAAGUGAGCAGCCUCACCCCAGAGAUUCAGGCCAACUGGAAGGGGCUCACUGGUAAACUCUCAGCCGACGACCUGAACGCCCUUAUCGCCCAUGCACACCGUCGCAUUGACCAGCUGAACCGAGAACUAGCCGAGCAGAGAGUCAGAGAACAGAUUCACAUUGAUGCAGCCCUGGAGCAGCAGAAGCUGGAGGACCAGAAGGUGCUGGAGAAAGCUGUCAAGACCAACCUGCAGCACAUCAAGGAGGAGACCCGGCUGGAGCAGGAGAAGAAGUUGGCUGAGUUGAGAGAAGUGAUGGAGGCCGAAAUGAGGACUCAGCUGAGGCGUCAGGCAGCAGCUCACACAGACCAUGUUCGCGAUGUUCUCAAAGUCCAGGAGCAGGAGCUGAAAGCUGAGGCUGACCAGGUCCUGAGCAGUAAGAUGCUGGAGCUGGAAACCCGUUACCGGCAGCUGAGCCAGGAGCAACUGGAUAACUUUACUCUGGAUAUGAACUCUGCCUACGCAAGACUGAAGGGGAUUGAGGAGGCCAUAGACAGCCAUGUGGUAGCAGAGGAGGAGGCCCGUAAAGUCCACCAACUCUGGCUUUCUGUGGAAGCCCUCAGCUAUACUCUAAAGACCACCAAUGCUGACGCACCCACUGUGCCUCUGGAGGAUGCUGCCCAGGCCGUGCGUGAGAGCUGCCAGGACAAUGACUUCGCCCUGGCGCUGGUGUCAGCUCUUCCUGAGGAGUCCUUACAGCACGGCGUGUAUAGUGAGGCCUCACUUCGUGCCCGCUUCAAUUCACUGCGAUACUUGGUGCGCCGCGUCGCCCUCAUUGAUGAAUCUCACAACUCCUUGUACCAGUAUUUCCUGUCCUACCUUCAAGCUGCACUGAUGUUUGAGGCUAAACAGGAAGCUCCCCCUUCCCUGCUGGCCUGGGAGGAUUUAGACACGUUCAAGCUGCUGUCGUAUGCUAGUUACAGCCUAGAGCAUGGGGAUCUGGAGUUGGCAGCUAAACUGGUGAACCAGUUGAGAGGAGAGGCCAGGAGAUUGGCUCAGGACUGGCUGACUGAGGUCAGACUCACACUGGAAACCAGACAGAUAGUCAGUUUGUUGUCUGCGUAUGCAAAUGCUGUGGGAUUAGGAACAACCCAGGCUCAAUAGUCUGCUGUUCCUCCUUAACCUGACCAUCUUUUAAAUUAGCAAUCUUUUCAGAUCACCUUAAAUCUGAGUAGGAGGCAGCAACUUGAUGCAAGCCAGAAGGAUUUGGGCCAGUUUGAUGCUCAGAGAUUUUCAUGGGUGUGUACUUUAAAGUUCACUGAAGUUAACAAAGUGGAAGCUGUUGAGAUAUAACAAGCUAAAUUGUUGUAUGCACUAAUUCACUGCAGAUGGUUAUAUAAGUAUAAAUAUAUAAUUGAUGCACUCUUACAAUCUAUUCUUGUUAAUUUAGCCCCACAGUUUUGGUCCAUUUCUUUCUUACUGGAUGUUGAUUUUUUUUGUGUGUUACAAAGGUAUCAUUCUAACCAUAAACAAGGAAUAUGAAAUGCCUCAUUUUUGUUUGGUCAAAACUCCACAUGUUCCAAUAAAAAAGAAACCAGAACACUCUU